AUAUCUAUGGUGCAACAUGGCGUUAGGGUGGAAAUUUGAAAACAUGAUUAGCUUUCGGUUUCGUUUACUGUUAAACGAGAGUUCUUGGACGUGUUGUGGCAGAGAAGAAAGGCGGGAUAUUCUCACUCGUAACCAGAUCGAGCUGAAUUUCAAGAGUUGAUUGUUUCGUCGUGUUGGAAUCAUCCGGGUUUAUAAUGUCCGUGGUGUCUCAAAACAACCACGGCUGGGUUGUAGAUGCAUGCUCGCUAAUUGAUCGGUGUUACUCGCCCUGCAUCCUGUUGAGAGACUCACUGAAGUCUCACGUCAAAUGCCGAUUUAAAAGGCAGUGUUUUCACAUUUUUAAAAGUCAUUUUAGUGUAGGUUCCAGUGUUAACGGAGGAAACUCUCACAUGUCGGAGAAAACAUGCAAACUUUCGAAGGUAAAUCCUGCUGCAAAAGCUCCAAAGUUACAGACCACGAUCUGGAUUGUUACAAAUAGACAAUUUCACCCAGAUUAUACUUAGGUUGUCACAGUGAAGAAGUCCUCAGCAAACACGUUUAUACUGGUAAACAAAAGCAUCCGUCAGUGUAAAAUGUUACGCAGCAGUUGUUUAAAUUAAUGUUUUCUUCAGUGUGAUGGGAAUUUCAUUAUCAGUAAGUGUAGCGUGUUAUAUCGAGGAUAAAAACAACAGAAAAAGACGAAACCCAAACCCUAACAUUGCUUGAAUAGGUACAAAUCUACGGUGGCCGAGGAACGCCAAUGCUGCAAACAAAAAGAAUGCAAAAAAUGGGAAGUCAAAACGGAAGUUACCAAUGUGGAAAAAAGACCGCUCCUAUUGUGUAUUUUGCUUCUUUUUUUUAUCUGCACCAGAUCUUUUUUUAUUUGCAGCAGGCCUCGGUUUCUUUCGUUUUUUUUUUUUUGCAUCACCACUUUUUUUCAUUGUUAACUUCAAUUGUGUUUUUUACUUUUUUUUUUUAAUCUGCACCAUAUAUUUCUUUAUUUGCAGCAGGCUUUGGUUUCUUUUUUUUCACAUCACCACUUUUAUGAGUUGUUAACUUCCAUUAUGUUUUUUUUUUCUUCACCAUAUCUUUUUUCAUUUGCAGCAGGCUUUAUUUCCCUUUUGUUUUGUUUUUUUUGCAUCACCAUUGCAUAACUUCCAUUGUGUUUUUUGUUGUUGUUUUUUGUGGGUUUUUUUAUUUAACUUUUUUUUUUUAAUUUGCAGCAGGCUUUGGUUUCUGUCUUUUUUUUUUUCCCAUCGGUAACUUCUGUUUUGACUUCUUUUUUGCAUUCCUUUUUAUUUGCAGCAGUGGCGGUUCUCAGCCACCGUACAAAGCAAGAGUAGAAAUGCAUCAUGUAGAAUUGUUACUCAUAUUAACAACCAUGGUGCAUGUAUCUAAAUUAAGUUAAUAUCAAUUAAUUUACACACAACCUGCAGUUCUCAUAGUCAUUAAUGCUUAAUUUUACAGAAGGUUAUUGUUAUAACUAGCGUGGUUAUAUUUCCUACCUUAAGUUGUUGCUUUUUUAUUCCAUGUAUUAAUCAGUUGUUUGUAUUUGACCCACAGAGAAGGAAGCGAAAACACAGUGAGCUCAACCAGGGAGAGGUUGAUUCACAGGCUUUUCAUGAGAAGGUAUAAAGAAAUUGAGAGGGAACACUGUGGUAACUGUUUAAAGCUCCUAUGAAGAGUUUUUUCACAUUCAUAAAAUAGACUGAAAUUCAGGGUAGGUGGCAUUAUCUGUCAGAAGUCACCACUGAGGCCUUAAUGCCUGCUCCAGAUUUGGACAAGAUAUCAUUUAAAGUUAGUAGAAAAGAAAUUAUUCACACACAUAUGGGUGAAUACAAACAGUUUAUCCAUCCACAGACUUUUAUUGCUCCAUCUUGCUCACUUAAGAGAAAAAGAAAUGUUAUUCCAAGCGUCUCAAUUCGCCAGCACAAAUCUCAGAUCCUCAUUUUUAGCACACCACUCAGACUAAAUCGUUCUUGUUAUGUGUUUAUAUGCAGAUCAGGUCUGUGAUCCUGGAGGGAACCAAAUCCUUAGUGGAUUCUGCUCGAUCCCUUGGACAUCUAACUGAAGAGGCAGACCCUGUGAAGGAGCCUUUACCCUUUCAGGAGUGCGGCCUUGUUGCGCUUUGUGAAAUGGCCAAAGAGCUUCCCCUAGUGGACGAUGAGGAGCAGGAAGAGUGGGUUCAGUCUCUAGUGGCUGAAGAUGGCCGUACAUCACAUUUGGAUUUGUUCUCUCGGGUGACAGAGAACAGAGAGGACUGUGCGACAGUGGUUUCCCUGAUGGGAGAGGAAUAUGUCAUUCCAGCACACACAGCCUUCCUGCUGUCUGACUUCACGAGAAUACAACCACUGGUCCACUGUGAGUGCAAUGUGUGAAAAUAUGUUGUUUUUUGUUUAGGCCAUAUGAAACAAAUUUGACAAGAGCUUUAGAAAUCCCUCAAGGAUUGUGGGUAUUUUUCCAGAAAGUUGAAAAGCUAUAUUUUUGGCCUUUGUGGCUUCCAUAUGACAACUCUUUUCUUUAUGUACUGUUUUAAAUAAUACCAGCGUGACUCCGUUUGUUUUUCAAGUGACAGCUCAGUAGAUGUUUUCCAGACUUGUUGCUUGUUUCUCCCACAGAUGGGAGCAGGUUCGGCUUGAUUGUUAUCGAUCCACCGUGGGAAAACAAGUCUGUUAAACGGAGUCGCAGGUAAUUUGACAGUCAAGCAUUUUAGAAGCUUCAACGUAAGACUUCAUUUACCUCUUCAGUUUAAAAGUGUCAGUAAUAAACAAGUUAAAAGAGGCUGAAAAAAGUCAGAGAACUUUUUAAAGUUUGUUUGAAUUGUACUGUUUUGGUGAUACUUUUAUACAGCUAUUAGUACUUUAUAUGGGGCAGCGGUAAUAACCAUUAUAAAUUAACUUCAGCUGAUAGAGUAGAGAAGGGUACAGUGUCUUAUCUUACUAUCUAUAAUAACAGUGUUCUUUUAUUUCUUGAUCUAGAUACAGUUCUCUGCCUUCUACCCAGCUGAAACGUCUCCCUAUCCCCAAUCUGGCGUCCUCAGACUGUUUAGUGGUCACCUGGGUCACCAACCGUCCCAGCCACUUGCGGUUUGUGCGUGAUGAGCUGUACCCACACUGGGGGGUUAAAGUUGUAGCUGAAUGGUUCUGGGUGAAGGUACAGAUACAUCAAAUCGUGGAAAUAUUGACUUAGUGGUGGGGUUUUAGAUAUGUUCAAGGCUUACUCUUUCCCCUCAGGUCACCACAUCUGGAGACUUUGUGUUUCCACUUGAUUCCCAUCAUAAGAAACCGUAUGAAGUGCUGGUGCUGGGCCGAUACAGUCCAUCCUCAGAUAACUCCACAAGGUAUAAUCGGAUUGACCUCGUCCUAUCUCUGUUAGAUUCUUUGUAUUCCUUUAUCUUUAUGUAGAUUACAUUAAUAGUGUAUGUUAUUUGAAUCACUUUCAGCUCUUUGGAGAUACCAUCUGUCCCUGUUGGGGAUCAGCGUUUGAUUGUCAGCAUCCCAUCAGCACUACACUCCCAGAAGCCUUCACUUUCAGGUACAUUUUUACAUCAAUUUUCUACUCACAAUGUCGAUUUUAGCAGGGUGCUGUUUUGUUUUUCUGUGCCACCAGAGGGCAAUGCUGCAACAUGAAUGACUGUUAUCUUAUUACACAGCCUCCAUCAUGCGCUUGAGAUCCCUCAAUCUCAGUGCAGUGCAUACAUGAAACUAAAUAUGAGGCCUGAGUCACUUUUUAGAUCUGUAGAAGUUAGCCAGAUUGAUUUGUUUUAAAGAAAGUUUAUGCAGGAAAAAAAACACUAACAUGGAAAAAGAUGCUCAGAAAUAAAACACAUAUUAGACUUCAUAACUUGCUUUUCUACAGCAGUAAAAAAAAUCCUUGGAAAUCUGAUAUUUGAGCGUGAAUAAGGGUCAAACUCAACAUUCUUGAUCUUAGUUGUAUUUAUAGUCAGUCUUCAGCUUUCGGGGGUUUUAUUGGAGUGGACUUGUGCUGCAAAGAUUUAAUUUGUGGUGCAGCGACACUUGACUUCAACGUGCACUCAGCUGCUUGGAACCAGUGUUCAACCUUGACUAUGAAUAUGCAGCGACUAUGGACAGGAGAGGCUUGACGUCAUGCUCCUCCCUCCCUGGGGAACGGGAUUUAUUGUGCAGUAUGGAAGGCAAAAACACUGCCAGUGUUUGCCGCUGCCCUUUCAGCUCAGAAAAACCUUCACCUCAUGGAAGUGACUGUAGAUUGUAAAGUACAAUGAUUGAAAUCUUAACAGUGCCAUUUUGGAGUUGUGAUGCCAUAGAGAUAAAGAAGACCAGGGAACAGAUUGUGUUUAAUUUCUUUAUUAAAUGCAAUGACCCCAGGCAGCUUUAAAAUGCAUUGAUUUAUUAAAUCCCAGUUACUUUAUUUGACGCAAUGAAGUUUUUUUCCACAAAAUGUAAUGUACGCAACUUAAUACAGAGCUGCACUGCACUACAAAACCUAGAGACUUAAUCACACAAAACAAGAUUGAAAGAAAAUUCAUAUAUUUGUGACGCUGAUAAAAGGUUGGACCAAACGGUAUAUACAACUGUGCAUCUCUCUCUGCAGUCACUUUGUCACUUUCUCCCUUCCAGAGGCGAGAAAGCCUCUUUUAGCAGUGGGUGUGGCUUAACACUCUGAGCAUGGUUAUCAUAAAUCGCUCUCUCCAGCACUGGUAAUGCAAGAAGUUAUAGCUCUGCUGUGGCUACAAAUUUAAAGACAAUCUGGAAACCGUGGCAUUAAUCUAAAUAACCUCUCUGACUCUCAUUACUGUCGUCCUGCUGCUCUUUUGUGUUCAUAUCAAACAUACCACCUUAAAUAUGUGAGGCAACAAUCCUCCAGCCCGCUCUGAGGAGAAACCCUGACCCACUUCUCCUCCUCUGACACAUUUGCUUGCAAAGGGACACCGUCGUGAUCCCCAUACAGUUACAGCAACACCUUGCCAGAUGGUCAAGCUGCGGAGAAAGAGUGUUAGAGCGUCUCUCAAUGACAAGACGUGUGUGUGUUUUAUUAAUUAGCUCCCCCCUCUACUUCUUUGGAAAUAACGCAUACUGAAUUCUGCUCCCAAAUUGGUACUAUAAUUAGAGGUUAAAUAGCAGCUCUUAAUACCCAUCUCAAGAAGAGGCACUCUGCCAACUGUGUGGGUUGCAUGACUGUUGAUUGGGGAAUGAGUUUUUGGAUAGUGAUCCGCUCCGGUUUGUUUAAUUGGCAUCUCUAAAAUCUCUUCUUUGUUCCCAGUAGUGAGUCUAUAUUGUGUUAUCAUCAUUAACAGACCAUUCACAGUGCUUGUUUCAGAGCCUUGAAACAUGGUCUGAUAGCAUUACGUUUCAUUUCUUUACAAAUGUAAGAAUUAGAUGAACUAGAUGGUGUAGCAACUUUCCUCCAGUGAGUAGCACGGCCUCUUUUGGGUCCGAUUAAAAAGGGUUUGAAUCCUCACUGUUGACCUACAUUGAAGAUCAAAAUCUAAAAUUUAAAAUGCACCGACUUCUUAGGUUGUGAGUAAAUUAAGAAGAAUUAAGUUUGAACAGCCUGCUUUAGUGUUUUUUUCAAUAUGAGCUAAUCUCCAGGGGGGCUUGUGGAUACAUUUCAUGGCCACCAGAGGGUAGCCCAACCAGAUACAAAAACAACAUUGACUUAUCUCCUCGUACAGUUGAAAAAAACAUGCAAGUCAGACAUGGAAAAACAUUUUCUUCCUCUUUGCUUUCAAACUUUUAAGAUUUUGUUUCCCCAUUUGCGAUCUCCACCAACUCCUGAGAUCAUUAUCUCUCCUUGCUACACCAUAAUCUGUGUAUUACUCUUACUGAUCUUCUUCUCGUAUGUUAUCUGGUGUAUGAAAUGUUGUUUUGAAGAGUUUAUCAAUGUGUCCUGUCUUGUAUGUUGUGGACAGAGCUGAAGUGGUUCAAGUCAAAUUUCCAGAUUGGUGUGACAUGCAGCCUUGACUGAACCCUUACACUUUGGUGCAUAUCAUACAUAAGAAAUCAUAUAAGAAACGUAGGGUAGAUUGAACAUUGUAUGUAUUUUUUAGUUAGAAUCAAGAACUGAACAGCAUCACAUAUUUUCGAAUGACUGGUGUAGGAGCUCAUUCAAGUAUGGACCCUGUAUAUGGUUGAAAAUAAGCUGCAGUGUAUUAAAAAAGUCAGAGUGGCAUAUGGUGUAUGGUUAUAGGAGGCAUUUUGGAGGCUGUUGACAUGAUAGAAAAAGUCCAAUAAAUUUUAUACAUGUAGGGCGAGCCAACCUGUCUUUAUUAAAGUAUCAUGGAGGUGCUGACAGGUAAUUUUUCACCUUUCUGGCGUGUUUGCUAAGGUCAUGGGUUUUGGAGCAUGCUGAAGCUGACAAAUGUAAAGCUCAUCUCAGAUCAGAUAAAGACAUAAUAGUAAUUUUUUGCACUCGAGCGAGGUCAUCACACCACUUUUUGGUUCCGUGGACCUAGCUGACUCUAAACAUUAUUUUACUAUAAUGAAGGUGAAAAAGAUUCCUAUCAUUAUUGGGCAGAUUGAAGUGUGUGGUCACUACACAAAAGGUAGUUUUUGUUAUAUUGACUGUCUCUAAAUAUGUGUAUUUUAAGAAUCGGUGUGUGUUCCUAGUUGGAAAGUAGUUGACCAUUGCUUUCCUCAGCCUCUUGGCAGAAGUUUCAUACCUUGUCCCCUUUCAGAUGUAAGCGGGUAAUUAGACCUUUUAUUCUGUCUUCAACUUUGAGAGCUGAGUCACCGGUUGGGGUUGAAAUAGUCGGAGAGCUGCAUGUUUGGCCUUUCCACUCUCUGACUCUCUGACGUGCGAAGAAAGAGAAGACGGGAGGCAGGACACCACAUGGUGCAGGUUGGAUUGGUUUUGGUGGAUCAGGCUUUCAUGCUCAUUAACUCCCCGAGUGUUGGCCGAGGGGAGUGUCAGGGAGGUUUGAGCAUGCACAAGAGCAGACAGAGUCGAGCAGGGGCAGAGGAAGUGAAACGUAUCUGUCAGGUGUUCUGCUCCUGGAAUAUCAUCACUUAUAGACUCAAGGUCACUGCCAGUCUCCACAUAGAAACUCUGUGGAGGGGUGAAGAGGAGCUGGAUAGUUGCCAGAGCUGUUCUCCGACUUUUACUGAGAAAAGCGGAUAGUACCCUGUUAAAAAUGGAUGUAGCGCCCUAACCUGACUUUCAAUGAAUUCAAACAUCCAGGAUAUUCUACAUUUUCACACAGGAUGCUGCGAAAUUAAAUCAAUGCCACUGGCAAACCUUCACUAUGAAGCGAGUUUAGUUCUGAAAAAGUAUGAAGAAAGGAAAAAGAAUAAUUUCAUUUUUCGUGAAAAGGAAGCAGGGCUUUCCAAUAACCAAUCCAAUAACUCCAUACUUCUUUAUGUAGGAAUGGGCUUGGUGUGCAGGUGUGUGCCAUGACACUGAAUUUUACUAGAGAAGGCAGUAAAAUACUGCUUAUGUACAUGGAGUUAAAUUGCAAAAAGACAUUGGUAAUAGCAAACCAAAGGACCACUGAACAUGUUUUAUUGAGUCUCCAAACAAAGAUAAUACUUAGCCUGCAGUCGUCACUUUAUUAAAAAAGAGGCCUAUAACAAAAUCUACCAUUUUAAUGCAAGAUUACUAAAAAAGCAAUUAUUCAACAGUUAAAUCACUUUCAGACACCGACACAACUACCAGGUUUUGACCUCAUUGCUCUGCUCAAACACAGACAGUAGUAGAAUUUCAGUCUUAAUACCACAAGAUCUCAAUCACACAGUUGACCAUAACGUACUGGAACUUUCAAGCUGUUUCAGAUUAUACUAAAAGAACAGUGAACACUUUUUGUCCAUAGGUAACUUCAUAUCAAAAAUUAGAUGUGGGGUUCCUCAAGGCUCCAUCCUGGGGUCUCAUCUUUUUUACAUCCACCCGAUUGGAUGAUAGAAAAAAAAGAUUCAACAACUAACCAGACCACACGUGGCAAUUUCACAAGGUGACCAUAGUCUCGAACAGGUCCUGAGUAAGUGCCUUGAAUAAAUCCAUGAGUGGAUGUGCCAAAGUUGAACAAAGGUAAAACUGUGGUCAUUGUUUUUGGAGUUGAACAGGCUCCAAACAGAUUUAAAGUCAGUCAGCAACUUUAGAGGUAACAGUUUAAAACUACUGACCAAGCCAGAAAUAAAGUCGACUGCAAAGUUGCCUUACUGUCAUCUGAAGAAUAUAUAAAAUGUUCAGUCUUUGUUCACUUAUAGGCAUCAGCUCAUAACCAGGUAGAAACUCUUUCCAACCUUAAAGUUUCUGUUAAAACAAACUACUUCCUGAAGUUGGGUAAAACUUAAAUUCACUGAAAUUUUUUGGCCACAUACAGGAAACAAACCAUCAAAUUCUGGGUCAAAGCCUUUUGUUUAUUCUGCUUGCCCACCUUGACUUGCUUCCAGCUAGCAGCACAGGGGCAGCAGUGGCUCGGUGUUUGAGUUGGUCAUCUCUCAAUUGGAAGGUUUGAUCCCAGGUCCAGCAGUCCACAUGCCAAAGUGUCCUUGAGUAACCCCACGCUGUAGUCGUUAGAAGUGCUUUACAAUACAAUCUCUCAAUGGUACUCCUACUUCACAGUCAGAAAGCAGCUAAAUUAACAAGGUAAGGUAAAAUAAAUACACAGUAGGCCAAGGUAAGAUAAGUCGGGCAAUUAACAACCAAGGUAUUCAUUCUAACCAUUAAGAACUAUUUAAGCUGAAGACACUGUAGGGCAGUUCAGUUCAGAUAUACAAAGACUUCAUAUCAUAGUGGCUGCAAAUUGAUUCAGAAGACCAGAGAAUGCCCCAAAGAAUUACCACAGUGUUUACCAUGGACAUAACUCAUUAAAUCCAUGUUACACGAGGCUCUUUCCAAGGUUUCCUGACAAAAAAAAAACAUCCCUCAGGGGUGAUCGCUCUCAUCUGUAGAGCGAAUAAAGACAUUUGCCUACAGGGUAAAUAGAUAUGUUUGUAAUACCUGUGUGGAAUCUUGACCAGUAUGGGGUUAAAAGUCAUGUAAGAGUUAUAUGAUUAAAGAAACAUGUUGAUUAUUCUUAAUCCCACAGCUGUGUCACAUUUAAGUCAGUCAAGUCCGGUGCUUUAGUUCUUAAAAAUGCUAUUUAAGUUGAUUAUUUGUUUUUUUUUCUCUUGACCAGAAUAAACUGGUUCAAGCACGAAAAGGAUUCACAAUAUUUCUGUUGAAGUGAACAAGCUCGAAACAGCGCCUAACUCCAUCAACAGUACAUAUAGGGUCCCAGCCAUAGCACCAUUGGCUAUCUGGUAUUGCUAUCUACGGUCAUUCAUCUCUCAACAGGGUGUCUAACUUGGUGUUACGGUGUGUUUGACCCUAACUUAAUUUUACGUCGUAAUAUCCCUUUAAUAUGUUAAGACUUAAAAAAAAACGAUAAACUUGAUGUGUCUCGUUCUACAGAGGUGCUGAAGCCUUACAUCGGAGCCCAGGCCAAAUGCUUGGAGCUGUUUGCCCGCAAUCUUCAGCCAGGAUGGACAAGCUGGGGCAACGAAGUGCUCAAAUUUCAGCACAUGAACUAUUUCACGCUGACACCUACCGAUGAUGAGACUUCUAAAAACUGCACAACGCCUUCUUCGUGCUGACGUAGAGCGGCGAAGAAGUGAUGGAUCUUCAACCUCAUCAGUAUUUCAGAGCAUUUUUAAAAUAAAGAUUUAAUACCCAAACAUUUCUUCACCAGGUCUGUUUGAUCUGGUCUCCUCAUGUUUGUAGGACCUUUGAUUUCUUUUUUUGGAUCUGGGUACAUAUUUCAGGUAGUGAUUCGUGAGUCUUAUGGUGCACUUGGAGAGAUGAAAGUGCAUGUCUGUGCAGCUCUCUUCUUCAAGUCUCACGCUACAGUCAGAUAAACAAAACUCAGGGAUAUUUUGAGUGAUCUUUGGCACACCAUGUGUGUCAAGAAGAAUCAAAGUGUUUCUAUUUUUACUCUUGUUGUUUGUACAAAACUUCAAAAUGAUGCAUAAUCCAAAUAAAAGACAUAUUUUCACCUUGAAUACAAA